AUGAGGCGAAUACCGCUGCCUCUAUUUAACGUUGUUAACCUCCCUCCUGAUGCGUUAGCAGCAGGAGCAGCAGCAGCAGUUGCUGCUGCUUGUUCUUCUGCGGAUCUCCCAGAUACAGCAGCAAAAUCUGCUGCUGCUACUGCUGCUGCUGUUGCUCCAGCAGCAGCAGCAGCAGCAGGUCAACAGGUGACCGCAGGCAGUUUCUAUGAUCAUCAUAAGCAGUACGAGCAGCAGAAUCAGGAACAGCAGCAGCAGAACUAUGAUCUGCUGCUGCAGCAGCAGCUACUGUUGCUGCAGCAACUGCAGUUGCAUUCGCAAGAGGCGGACUCGCAGCAGCAGCAGCAGCAGCAUCAGCAGCAGCUGGAGCAGCAGGUAGACCACCACCAGCAGCAGCAAGAGCUGCAGCAGCACGGGCAAAGAACAACACGAUCCCGUUCCUUCUCAGCACAAGAAACUACACGGAGGCCGUCGGUACACCGCAGACAGCAGCAACAGCAGCAACAGCAGCAGCUGCUGCAGCUGCAGCAGCAGCAAGAGAUAACCCGUCGCCGUGUUGAGACAAGACAGCAGCAUGCAGAAGAAGAAAAGCAGCGCGUCCAACAGCUGCGUCUGCAGCAAGAGCAGCAAAGGAAGCAGCAGCAGGAGCUGCUGAUUCAGCAGCAAGAAGCAGAAUGGAUUCAGCAGCAGCAGCAGCAGCUGCAGCAGCAGCAACUGCAGCAAAGCCUGCAGCUGCUGCUGUCCUGCGCGCUGCAGCAGCAAAGCGAAGAGGCAGAGCGCCUACGACUCCUGAGGCAGCAACAGCAGCAGCAGCAGCAGCAAGUGCGAGCAGCAGCAGCAGCAGCAGCUCUAGCAGAGAAAAAGCGGCAGCAGCAAGAGCAGCAGCAGCAGCCGCUGCUGCGGCGCCUUCGGAUAAGAGAAGUUGAAAUGGAACGCGCAAGGCGCAUGCGAGAGGCUGCAGCAGUUGCAGAAGCUAAAAAGUCCCAAGCAGCAGCAGCAGCAGCAGCAGCAUCAGCAGCAGCUAAAACAGCAGAAGCAGCAGCAGCAGCAAGUAAACAUAUAAGCAUGGCAACAAGACGACGGCAGCUGCAGCGGCAGCAGCAGCAGCAAGGAGACUGCAGCAGCUAUGUUCAUCUUGGGGACCUAGCCCCGGGUGUAGCUAUGAGCGAAAUACCCGAUGCAGCAGCAGCAGCGCCAGCAGCAGCAGCAGCAGCAAAAGGAACUCAUUUCACGGCUGCUGCUGCUGCAUCAGCCCACUCCAGUGACAGUUCUCUGCCUCUGCAGCAGCAGCAGUUGCAGCAGCAGCAGCAACAGCAGCAGGAUGAGUGCUCCGACGAGCAGCAAGACUCAGAAGAGGAAUGGGAGCUGCAGCAGCUGCAGCGGCAGCACAGUUUGCUGCUGCAGCGGCUGGCGGUGCUGCAGCAGCAGAAGAAGCUGCUUGCUGCGCAUGCAUCGGGGGAAUGGAUGAAAGGCAACAGCAGCAAACCUGCUGCUGCUGCUGCACCAAAGGAUGCUGCUGCUGCUGCAGCUGACGUUGCUGCAGCAAACGCAGCCAUCCCUACUAUACUACUUACUCCUGCUGCUUCUGGUGCUGCUGAUACUCGUGCUGCUGCUGCUAAACGUGCAACGGCUGCUCCUGCUGCUGCUCCUGCUGCAUCUCCAACCCCUGCAGCAGCAGCAGCAGCUACUACUUCCUUUGGUACCUUUAUCUUCGGUACAUCUACUAGGAGGCAGCAGGAAGUUGCUGCAGCUGAGGGCAGCGAUGCUAAUGUUUCUGCUGCUGCCGCUGCUGUUCCUGCUGCUGCUGCUCCUGUUGCUGCUAUGCUGCCGGAGAGCUCCUCGUGGGGUCGCCCUAGCAGCAGACAGCAGCAGGAGCUGCUGCCUAGCAGCCGCAGGAGGAGCAGCAGCGUCGUCACAACAGUAUCCUUCUGCAGCAGCAGUAGCAGCAGCAGUAGUAGCAGCAGCAGCAGCAGCAGCAAGAAGAUUAUCACCACCAGAAGCAGGCAGUUGGCAGCAGUGGGAAGCGCAGGUGCAGCGGGAGCUGCUGCUCCUGCUGCGCAACCCAAGCAGCGGCAGCAGCAAAGACAGCAGCAGCAGGAGCCGAGGCAACAGCAGCGGCAGGAGCGUGCUGCAGCUAGAAGACAUCCGCAAGAUGUAUCUGCUGGAGAGCAGCAAGGGAAGUCGCAGCAGCAGCAGCAGGAGCAGCUAGAGCAGCACCAAGAGGAGGAGGAGGAGCAGCAGCAGCAGCAGCAGCCAGAGAAGCAACAAGAGCAGCAACAAUCUAUUUUUCUUGCUGCCGAUGCACUAAUAGAAGAAUUUAUAUCUGCUACCGUCUAA